GGGGCUUGCUCUUGCAAAACCAAACCACAAGCCCGACUGAACGAAGAAGGCAGAACUCCACAAUGCCCAGCUCAGCACUGCUCUGUUGCCUGAUCUUCCUGGCCGGGGUGGCGGCCAGCCAACACCAGGGCACCCAGUCUAAGGACAGCUGCAUCCACUUCCCAGACAGCCUGCCCCACAUGCUCCGGGAGCUCCGAGCUGCCUUCAGCAACGUGAAGACUUUCUUUCAAAUGAAUGACCAGCUGGACAACUCGUUGUUGAGCCAGUCUCUGCUGGAGGACUUUAAGGGUUACCUGGGUUGCCAAGCCUUGUCGGAGAUGAUCCAGUUUUACCUGGAGGAGGUGAUGCCACAGGCUGAGAACCACGGCCCCAACAUCAAGGAGCACGUGAACUCCCUGGGGGAGAAGCUGAAGACCCUCAGGCUGAGGCUGAGGCGCUGUCAUCGAUUUCUGCCCUGUGAAAACAAGAGCAAGGCAGUGGAGCAGGUGAAGAGUGUCUUCAAUAAGCUCCAAGAGAAGGGUGUCUACAAAGCCAUGAGUGAGUUUGACAUCUUCAUCAACUACAUAGAAGCCUACAUGACAACAAAGAUGAAAAACUGAAGCAUUCUAGUGAAGAAAACAUCCAGGAUGGCGACUCUACUAGACUCUAGGGCAUAAACUGAAGAUCUUCGAAAUCUGAUCCAGGGUUCUGGGAGAGCAGAACCAGCUCCCUGGAAAACCCUAUUGUACCUCUCUCCUAGAAUAUUUAUUACCUCUGAUACCUCAACUCCCAUUUCUAUUUAUUUACUGAGCUUCUCUGUGAAAUAUUUAGAAAGAAGCCCAAUAUUAUACAUUUUUUUCAAUAUUUAUUAUUUUCACCUGUGUUUAAGCUGUUUCCAUAGGGUGAUACCCUAUGGUAUUCGAGUGUUUUAAGAGAAAUUGUAAGUUAUAUAAGGAAAAAAAAUUGUUCCUUGUGGAGUCAACUGCAGCUUCAUUUCCAAGCCUAACCACACUUGACAGCUGUUGGGCUAUGUUCCCUGAUCUCCCUCUAAUUUCUCUUGUCCCUGGGCCUGGGGCUCCCGGAGUGUUACAAAGACUCUUAUGCUCGUAAGAAGAGAAACUAGGGAGCCCCUUUGACAAUUAAUAUUCCAGUGGCUCUGAGGGAUUCCCCUGACCUCAUUCCCCAGCCACUUCAUUCUUGAAAGCUGUGGCCGGCUUGUUAUUUAUAACAACCUAAAAUUGGUUCUAAUAGAACUCAGUCUGAACUAGAAGCAAUUCAAUUCCUCUGGGAAUGUUACAUUGUUUGUCUGUCUUCAUAGCAGAUUUUAAUUUUGAAUAAAUAAAUGGGUCUUAUUAAAA